AGGUUACUAUUAGACAACUGAUCUUCAUGAAAUGAACUGUUUACAGGGACUGGCUCCUAACCAACCCAAGCAAGUGUCGGGAUUAAAAUAAAAGGACUUCAUUCACAAACAAGGAGCAUACAUUAAACCGUCUGCGUGUUCACACAAUUGUUUUGUUAAGGUAAAAUAGCCGAGACACAGAAAACAACAUCGGAGUGGGAAUUGUACCUUCACAAGAUUCAAGGUAAAAAAAAUAGAAAAGAAACAUCAUUGUACAGUCUUUUCCUUGCGACAAGGAACCAAAGGGAAUUCUUCAGUACAGCAAAUGCUGGUAGAGUGGUUCUUUUUUGGCACAGCGUACGGACGAAUUGGAUUUUACAUUGGAUUUGAAAUAUGAUUGAGAAACUGCUGUUUGCGCUCGUGCAGCUGUGGAAUUCAAGUUGAAUUGGAAUAUUAUUGAAUGUAUUUACUCAGGAGAAAACAGGAUUACGUUGAUUUUCUUUAAAACCACGUUAGUGUGAAGUUGGUGGAUAUUUAAAGUAAACACGCUGUAUUUUUACUCUCUAUAGCUGUAUGUAUCUAUAGCUAAUUGAUGAAUUGCCUUCCAAACACAACUGCCGCAUAAAUGAUAAACGACUCGUCUUGAUUUUUUUCCCCUUUAGCUGUUUUGUUGGGGUUUUUUUUUUUUUUUUUUCUUUUUGGAUAUUGUUUGUAGCACUUUCAAACACUAAAAUAAAACAAAAAUUAAAAAAAUGGGAAACAGUUUUUCCAACGUAUCCGCCUUCCAGUCGCUUCAUAUUGUCAUGUUGGGCUUGGACUCAGCGGGCAAGACAACUGUAUUGUACCGGCUGAAAUUCAACGAGUUUGUCAACACCGUGCCCACCAUAGGGUUCAACACGGAGAAGAUAAAACUCAGCAACGGUACCGCCAAAGGCAUCAGCUGCCACUUUUGGGAUGUCGGGGGGCAAGAGAAACUGCGGCCGCUUUGGAAGUCCUACAGCCGGUGUACCGAUGGAAUUAUAUACGUAGUGGAUUCGGUCGACGUAGACAGACUGGAGGAGGCUAAAACAGAACUGCACAAAGUCACCAAGUUUGCGGAGAACCAGGGCACGCCGUUGUUGGUCAUAGCCAACAAGCAGGACCUGCCCAAGUCGCUCCCCGUGGCGGACAUUGAAAAGCAGCUGGCGCUUCACGAGCUCUGCCCCUCCACCGCGUACCACGUGCAACCAGCUUGCGCCAUCAUUGGAGAGGGGCUCCCUGAAGGAAUGGACAAACUAUACGAAAUGAUCCUGAAACGCAGGAAAUCUCUGAAGCAGAAAAAGAAACGGUAAUUUUGGCGCCGACUGUUUGUUUUUCUACCGUCUAUGGACUAUAUGGCGAUGUUGACUUAAGGUAAACACCAUGCAGUCAUUUUGACGAUACUGCCCCAAACCAAAAGGAAACGAGGACACGUUUACUUAGCUAAUUUCUUAUAUAUGUGCGGUAUUGGCCAUCUGUGUUAAGCCUUGUGGAAGGAUUUGUACACGUUUUGAAGGUGCUGGACUUUUUUUCACCGGUCGACAUUUUGAAAUGGGCUGGCCCUUUCAGAUGCUGCUAUAUGGGAAUGUAGCCUGUGACAGUUUGGGAUUUGGCGUAUUCGAUUACUUUCAUUGGGAACACAGACAACAACAACAAAAACACACUGUGACAGCAUCGGAGCACGCUUUCAAACGCUUCGGUUUUGCCACGACAAUUAUCUACUUUUUGUACGUGAUGUGGAUGUUUUUCUUUCUCAUACUGACUGAAGUCAACCUAGUUCACUGCGCACUGCCGUGUCCAUAGCAGAGCAGUGUUUGUCUACUAAAGACAACCAAAUGGAGUGUAAUUAACUAACUUAAAGAAAACACAUCCAUGACUGCGACUCACAACUAAAUAUAUUAAGUCUUGGGUGUUUUCGUGAACCGUAUACACUGUCACCAUAAACGUGUUUCCUAUAGCAUUGUUUAGAAUUUAAAGACACUUUUUUGCACUUUUAUUUAAAAAAAAAAAAAAAAAAGUUAGUACUACACUGUAAAAUGAGACAGUUUAUCCGCAAAUAAGCCAAAAAACCCCAGGAUUUUUUUUUUUUUUUUUUUAAGGUUAAGUGCUUGUAAACGUUGUCUUCAUUGCUGAAAGAAAAUCUUAUUCCAAGUCGGACUGUUUGAAAUGUAGGUGGAAGUUAUUAAAAGGAAACGUGUUUGUUUUCAAAGAAAAGAUUUCCAAUAUUUACUUUAAAACCCCUAAACCACUUGUUUAAUUUUGUUAUGUUGCUCUACAUAGGUUAAGAACGUUUCUGACAUUUCCAACCUAGGCUCAGAUUGGUAGUUGAACCCUCAGCUGAAGGAGGUUGCCAUUUGAGAAGGAAAACAAACCUUGGAUUGGAAAUGGUUAAUGUUUGAACAGAACGUCAACCUAGCUACCCCACCUGACUGAAUUCACAUUUACUAUACAGUCAUGGGAGCCAAAGCCUUCAGUCAACUUGUUGCUGUUGCAAACUGAGAUGGAGAGAUGUUGCAACCUGUUAAGAUAUUAAAAAAAAAAAAAUCACUAGGCACCAUCUGUAUGUUGUUGGUCAAAGAUACAAUUUUUAUGGUUCAGCAGUGGUUUACUGUUAAAUUGUAGGAAGGAAGGAAUUACAAGGAGAAACACUGACUGCUGCGUUACUGUAUGGCUUUGUUAUAGUACUGUAUUCCUAUGCAAAGACAUUCUGAAGUCUAAGGAAGAAGCAAGCACAGUCAAAAUGCAUUAUAUUGAUACUGUGUUUUAAAAAUGUAACAUGUUCAGUGAGCAGAAAACUACUCCGUCUGUGUCAGCUUUUUAGUAAAUUUAAACUUCUAUUUAUUAUAUUUUUUGUAUGGCUCUUCAAGAAUUCCAUGUUAAAUGUAUGGCUGUUUUAGCCAUGAAGUUUAGACAUCUCUUCCUUAUAAUAUGGUAAUAUUAGCACCCUCAAAUCCUAGCAACAGAAUGUGAUAACACUUGAAAUUUUGACACAAGCUCCCUACGUUUCUUUCAGAUAAUGGCUUGUGUGUUGAAACAUUAAACUUUUUUCGUGGUUAGGCUGGCCUUUCACAUCUGUAAAUGUUGCAUUAAAAUUGUCAUAUUUAAAAUUGUAUAUUGCAUAGUCUGUAUGUGAUUGUAAAUACAAGAUCAAUGUAUAGCGAUUGCCCUUAGGGGGGGUCUAAUAAAAUCUUAUUUGAUAAUAAUAAAAAAAACACUCAUGUUG